AUGGUUUCACUCAAGAAAAGAAAGAAGACUUGCAAACUCCGUGGUCAUGUAAGUCACGGACAUGGUCGAAUUGGUAAGCACCGCAAACAUCCAGGAGGUCGUGGUAAUGCCGGUGGCAUGCACCAUCAUCGUAUUAACUACGAUAAAUACCAUCCUGGAUACUUUGGUAAAGUUGGUAUGAGAAAUUUCCACUUGAACCGCAACCACAGUUUCGCACCAACAUUGAACCUCGACAAACUUUGGGCUUUAGUUGGACAAGAAAACAGAGAACGUGCAGCAAAAGAAGCAGAUAAGGUUCCUGUUGUUGACAUUGUUCAAUUUGGAUACUACAAGCUUUUGGGCCGUGGUCAUCUUCCGAAGAUUCCAAUCAUCGUUAAGGCAAAAUAUUUCUCUAAAAAAGCUGAAAAUAAAAUUAAAGCUGCUGGUGGUGCUUGCAUCUUAAGAGCAUAAGUUUUCACAUUCAAUCAAAAAAGUGUUAAGAACAUCUACACUGAAAACUAAUAAAAUAAAAAAAAAAUGAAGUUCGAUACGAAGAAGGAAGUUUAAUUCAUAAAAUA